GCCGAGGGGGCGGGCCUUUGCCGUCUUUGUUGCCCGAGGACCCAGCGCAGCUGCUCUCCCGGCCGGAGUCGUGGUCCGGACGCCAGGAGCUGCACGCGGCCAGCCAGGCAUGUCCUAAGUCGGACCCGGGACCCGGGCUGGGACCGGACGGGACAGACGAGACUGUGCACCAGGGGUCGCCCAGCGGCCACCCGGCCAGGGCCAUGCGCGUCCGGCCGAGUCCCCGCAGCCUGCCGCCGCCGCUGCGCGCCUUCCUCGUCCUCCUCCUCUGCGCCCUGACGCCCGGCGCCCCCGGACCCGCACCAGAGCUCACCACCGAGGGUCGAGCCGGCUUGGACAUCGUGCACCCGGUGCGCGUGGACGCGGGGGGCUCCUUCCUGUCCUACGAGCUGUGGCCGCGCGUGCUGCGCAAGCGGGACGGGUCCCCGCGCCGCGCCGCGCCCGCCUUCUACCAGCUGCAGUACCGCGGGCGCGAGCUGCGCUUCAACCUGAGCGCCAACCCGCACCUGCUGGCGCCGGGCUUCGUGAGCGAGACGCGGCGGCGCGGCGGCCUGGCGCACGCGCACAUCCGGACCCGCGCUCCCACCUGCUACCUGCUGGGCGACGUGCAGGACCCCGAGCUCGAGGGCGGCUUGGCCGCCAUCAGCGCCUGCGAAGGCCUGAAAGGUGUGUUCCAGCUGUCCAAUGAGGACUACUUCAUCGAGCCCCUUGAUGGAGUUCCAGUCCGGUCAGGUCAUGCCCAGCCCCAUGUCGUGUACAAGCGCCAGGUCCGUGAACAGCAGGCUGAGGAGGGCGACUCCAGCGCUCCAGGCACCUGUGGGGUACAAGUGUCCCCGGAGCUGGAGCUCCAGCGGGAGCAGUGGCAGCAGCGACGGGAGCAGUGGAGGCGGCGGCAGCCUCGGCCCAGGCGUCUGCACAGGCGGUCGGUCAGCAAAGAGAAGUGGGUGGAGACCUUGGUGGUGGCUGAUGCCAAAAUGGUGGAGUACCACGGGCAGCCGCAGGUGGAGCGCUAUGUGCUGACGAUCAUGAAUAUGGUGGCUGGCCUGUUUCAUGACCCUAGCAUUGGGAACCCCAUUCACAUUACCGUCGUGCGCCUGGUCCUGCUGGAGGAUGAGGAGGAGGACUUAAAGGUCACGCACCAUGCUGACAACACACUGCGGAGCUUCUGCAAGUGGCAGAAGGGUAUCAACAUGAAGGGGGACGCCCACCCCCUGCACCACGACACCGCCAUCCUUCUCACCAGGAAGGACCUGUGUGCGGCUGUGAACCACCCCUGCGAAACCCUGGGCCUGUCUCACGUGGCUGGCAUGUGCCAGCCCCACCGCAGCUGUAGUGUCAAUGAAGACACUGGCCUGCCGCUGGCCUUCACCGUGGCCCACGAGCUUGGGCACAGUUUUGGCAUUCAGCAUGACGGCAGCGGCAAUGACUGUGAGCCCGUUGGGAAACGGCCUUUCAUCAUGUCUCCACAGCUCCUGUAUGACGCCGCUCCACUCACCUGGUCCCGUUGCAGCCGUGAAUACAUCACCAGGUUCCUUGACCGCGGGUGGGGCAUGUGCUUGGAUGACUCUCCAACCAAGGACAUCAUCGACUUCCCCUCCGUGCCGCCCGGGGUCCUGUAUGAUGUGAGCCACCAGUGCCGCCUCCAGUAUGGGGCCUCCUCGGCCUUCUGCGAUGACAUGGACAAUGUCUGCCACACACUCUGGUGCUCUGUGGGGACCACCUGUCACUCCAAGCUGGAUGCAGCAGUGGAUGGCACCAGAUGUGGGGAGAACAAGUGGUGUCUCAACGGGGAGUGCGUCCCGGUGGGCUUCCGGCCCGACGCUGUGGACGGAGGCUGGUCCGGCUGGAGCGCCUGGUCUGUCUGCUCGAGGACGUGCGGCGUGGGUGUGCAGAGUGCCGAGCGACAGUGCACACAGCCCGCGCCCAAGUACAAGGGCAAGUACUGCGUAGGGGAGCGCAAGCGCUUCCGGCUCUGCAACCUGCAGGCCUGCCCUGCUGGCCGCCCCUCCUUCCGCCACGUCCAGUGCAGCCACUUCGAUGCCAUGCUGUACAAGGGUCAGUUGCACACAUGGGUGCCUGUGGUCAAUGACGAGAACCCCUGUGAGCUGCACUGCCGGCCCUCCAAUGAGUACUUUGCCGAGAAGCUGCGGGACGCCGUGGUGGAUGGGACCCCCUGUUACCAGGGCCAGGCCAGCCGCGACCUCUGUAUCAAUGGCAUCUGCAAGAAUGUGGGCUGUGACUACGAGAUUGAUUCGGGUGCCGUGGAGGACCGCUGUGGUGUGUGCCAUGGCAACGGCUCCACCUGCCACACCGUGAGCGGGACCUUCAAGGAGGCUGAGGGUCUGGGGUAUGUGGAUGUGGGGUUGAUCCCGGCCGGAGCCCGCGAGAUCAUCAUUGAGGAAGUGGCCGAGGCUGCCAACUUCCUGGCCCUGCGGAGCGAGGACCCCGAUAAGUACUUCCUCAACGGCGGCUGGACCAUCCAGUGGAACGGAGAUUACCAGGUGGCAGGCACCACGUUCACCUACGCGCGCAUGGGCAACUGGGAGAACCUCACGUCUCCAGGCCCCACCAAUGAGCCUAUCUGGAUCCAGCUGCUGUUCCAGGAGAGCAACCCAGGGGUGCGCUAUGAAUACACCAUCCAGAGGGAGGCGAGUGUCGCGCCACCCGAGUUCUCCUGGCACUACGGGCCCUGGAGCAAGUGCACGGUCACCUGCGGCACAGGUGUGCAGAGACAGAGCGUGUCCUGCAUGGAGCGGCAGAUGGGGCUUGUGGACGAGGAGCACUGUGACCCCCUGGACCGGCCUGAUGAUCUCCAGAGGAGGUGCAGUGUGGAGCCCUGCCCUGCCAGGUGGUGGACAGGGGAGUGGCAGCCGUGCUCCCGUUCCUGUGGGCUCAGAGGCAUCUCCCACCGGGCCGUGCUCUGCCUCCGCAGCGUGGGCUUGGAUGAGCAGAGCGCCCUCGAGUCGCCUGCCUGUGAGCACCUUCCCCGCCCCCCAUCUGAAACCCCGUGCAACCACCACGUGCCCUGUCCUGGCACUUGGGCAGUGGGGAACUGGUCUCAGUGCUCUGUGACGUGUGGGGCUGGCAUUCAGCACCGAAGUGUCCUCUGUACCAAUGACACUGAUGUCCCCUGUGAUGAGGCCAAUCGACCAGUGAGCGAGGCCACCUGCUUCCUGUCACAUUGCCCUUGGCACCUGAACAUGCUAGAUCUCGACAGCUCCGGCAGUGGCUCAUCUAGCCCGGAGCUCUUCAAUGAAGUGGACUUCAUCCCACGCCACCUGGCCCCACGCCCUUCACCCGCCUCCUCCCCUGAGCCAGCUGGUAUCAGCAAUGCCAUCGACGAGGACCCGCCGGGGCCCGUGUUUGUGGAUGACUUUUACUAUGACUACAAUUUCAUUAACUUCCAUGAGGACCUGUCCUAUGGGCCCUUUGAGGAAUCCCGCCCAGACCUAAUGCAUACAGAAGGUUGGACGGUCCCACCUCAGAGCAGCCCUCUAGAGCCCUCCUCAGAUACCCCUGUGCCUGCCACAGGGCCCCCUGAAGCUGAGCAGGAUGGAGUGCUGGAAGCUUGGUCCCCUGGCCCUUGGCCCAGGCAGGGUGGCUCCACCCCAUCCCCACCCUUGGAGCAGACCCCUGGGAAGCCCUUAGCCAGUCUCUUGUAUGAGGAUGUCCCCGCAGAAGCCCCUGAACUUGGGCUUCCCAGCCUGCUCUGGCCCCCUGCUACAGUUGAUGGUGUGGAGACACCCGAUGACCCCUGGAGCCCAGAUGUGUUGCUAGUGAGACAGGACAGCCAGAGCCAGUCACCUCCUCCAUGGUUAGAAAGGACCAAGGUCUCCACAGAUGAGAAUACCUCAGGUGGUACAAAACCCCACCAGUCUGAAAGCCUCGACUCCACGGGGCCCCCUUCGCCCUCCGUCAGCAUCACCAGUGCCUUUCCUACUGCCGAUACGGUAGAGCUGUGGACAGGAGGAACCGUGGCCUGGGACCCUGUGCACAGUGAGCUGUGGCCCCCCGUGGCUCCUCCCCCACCCCCUCCCAUGGCCACCAUGCCAGGGAUCUGGGGCAGAGACAGCCUCUUGGAACCGGUGACUCCUACCUUCUCAGCCCCAGGACCAGACUCACGAGACCUGAAGGCUGUGGCAGUGCCAGGGAGCUUCCUUCUCACAGCACCCACUGGCCUGGAGCAUAUGCCUUGGAUGACCAGCCUUAGCCCAGGACCUGUGGAUCAGCCUCAGCCCCCCAGCCCUCAGGGACCCCUGAGCCCUGGGCAACUGCCCAUACCAGCUCAGGACGCUCCCAUCCACGGCAGCACAGACCCUGUGGCUCAGCCCUCAGAGCUCCUGCUGACAGAGGAUGGCUCCUCCACAGGCGUGCCGCCCGCUGGGAAUGCCACCUGGCAAGUGGGAAACUGGAGCCAGUGUUCCACCACCUGUGGCCUGGGUGCCAUCUGGAGGUUGGUGCGCUGCAGCUCUGGCCGGGAUGAGGACUGCGCCCCUGCUGGCCGCCCGCAACCUGCCCGCCACUGCCACCUGCGUCCCUGCGCUGCCUGGCGCGUGGGCAACUGGAGUAAGUGCUCCCGUAACUGUGGUGGAGGGUCCUCCACACGGGACGUGCAGUGUGUGGAUGCAAGGGACCUUCGGCCUCUGCGGCCCUUCCAUUGCCAGCCUGGGCCUGCCAAGCCACCUGCCCACCAGCCCUGUGGCACCCAACCCUGCCUCAGCUGGUAUAUCUCUUCCUGGAGGGAGUGUUCCGAGGCCUGUGGUGGUGGUGAGCAGCAGCGUCUGGUGACUUGCCCAGAGCCAGGCCUCUGUGAGGAGUCGCUGAGACCCAACGCCACGAGGCCCUGCAACACCCACCCCUGCACGCAGUGGGUCGUGGGGCCCUGGGGCCAGUGCUCAGCCCCUUGUGGUGGUGGCGUUCAGCGGCGUCUGGUCAAGUGUGUCAACACCCAGACGGGGUUGACUGAAGAAGACAGUGACCAGUGUGGCCAUGAGGCCUGGCCUGAGAGCUCACGGCCAUGUGGCACCGAGGACUGUGAGCUGGUCGAGCCUCCACGCUGUGAGCGGGAUCGCCUGUCCUUCGGUUUCUGUGAGACUCUACGCCUGCUGGGCCGCUGCCAGCUGCCCACCAUCCGUGCCCAGUGCUGCCGCUCGUGUCCCCCGCUUGGCCGUGGGGCCCCCUCCAGAGGCCAUCAGCGGGUAGCCCGGCGCUGACCAAAGGCCUGGCCCACUCCCGUGCCAGGAUGCACAGAUGGACUGAAGCACGCCACAGAGACCUCAGCGCCCCACCACGGGUUGCAGCGGAGCCUCGCUCCUCAAGCCCUAAAGGUGCUAUAACACCCCCCCCUCCACCCCAAGCAACUGGCUGGGGGCUCCCCUCCCCCCUCAGAAAAGGUAUUUUUUUAUUCUAACAGUUUGUGCAUUUAUUAUUUUACAUAAAUGAGCAUUACCGUUUCAAA